AUGUUAGAUGGUUUUUCUAAAAAAAAGCUCAACGCAGAGCACCUCAUCAAAUUGGGUUGCGCUAAAGGUCUCGCAAUUCUUGGACAUUUCUACCCUCCAUGCCCGCAACCUAAGUUAGCAAUCGGCACCAGCACGCAUACGGACAAUACCUUCAUCACAAUUCUUCUACAAGACCAAAUUGGGGGACUUCAAGUCCUACAUCAAAAUCAUUGGAUCGAUAUUCCACCUAAUCCUAAAGCUCUUGUAGUAAACGUUGGAGAUCUUUUACAAUUAAUUUCAAAUGAUAAGUUUUUUAGUGCACAACAUAGAGUUUUGGCAAAUAAAAUUGGCCCAAGAGUGUCACUAGCAUCGUUCUUUACGACUGGAAGCCUUCAAACAUCGAUGGUGUGUGAGCCGAUUAAAGAGUUGAUUUCUGAAGAAAAUCCUGUGAAAUAUAGAAGCACAACGGUGAAGGAAUAUCAUGAGCAUUUUAACUCGAAGGGACUUGAUGGCACUUCGGCUCUUUUGCGUUUCAAAAUCUAG